UGGGCCUCGCGUAAGUCCUCUUGGUUUCAUUCAAACCCGCCAAAAUUAGGUUUAUUUAUAAAUGAAGAGUGAGACUCCUCUAGGGCUUCUCCUCCGCAUCGUCGUCUCCAGCUUCUCCUCGUGUAGUUUUCUUCUCUAAAUCGAGUAUAUAAAAGAUGGGAAGAUGCCCUACUAGGAAGGUGAAGAAGAGGCGUUUGUCUCACAAAACAGCUCGUCGUGACAAAUUCGAAGUCAAAGGAGAUGAUUUAGUGUACACUGAGCUGCGUAAACCAGAGACGGAGACAAAGCCUUUGGAGCUUAGCGAGGACUUGCCUGGAAUGGGACAGUUCUACUGCUUACACUGCGAUCGGUACUUCUGUAAUGUGUCGGUGAGAGAUGAUCAUUUUAAGACGAAGAAACACAAGAAGCGUGUGAAGUUAAUGAAUGGACCUGCGCCACACUCACAACUAGAUGCUGAUUUGGCCGCUGGAAUGGGAAUGCCAGACAAUGGUCCAAAGCUCAUGGCUGCUUGAGUCUUUUUUUUUUUGGAUUGUUGUUGUAAGAUGGUCCGUAGUACAACUCCUAAAUUAAUGAUAUAUGUUUUUUUUUUUUCUGAUUGUCUAACACUGAUUUAAGUUAAAAGUUAGCAAACGUUGAAGAGCUAA